ACCAUAAUUUGGGUUGGAUUUUUUUUCUGAGACCUGGCAACCCUGCUCACUCGGGUGGAGCUCGUUUGAACUUUUCUUUUGGGUCCUAUUGUUUUUGUUGAUGUUUUUAAAGAAGCAAAUUAGCCCAUUAAUUAAGCCUAAUAAGUUUUCUUUGAAUGAAGACCGAUUUUUUAUUUUUUUAAUAAAAAAAAAAAACAGUUUUCACCGCAGUCUUUGUGUGACAUCACCUGAUAAAGAUGGGGUUAAACGAAGAGAAGAAUCAAACAUGUGGGACCAUCUGCAUGAAAUACCUGCUCUUCACCUUCAAUUUCCUGUUUUGGCUGGCAGGAGGAGCAGUGAUGGCUGUGGGCACCUGGACGUUACUUGAGAAGAGCGACUACAUCAGUCUGUUGUCCUCAAAGAUUUACGCUGUCUCUGCCUAUAUACUCAUCAUGGCUGGGGUGAUCGUCAUGGUAACAGGGGUUUUAGGCUGCUGUGCCACCUUCAAGGAGCAACGACGCCUUCUGAGAGUGUAUUUUGUCCUAUUGCUGUGUAUUUUCCUGUUGGAAAUCCUUGCUGGAGUUUUGGCCUAUAUUUAUUACCAGCAGCUGAAUGAGGAACUGAAGGAGAACCUGAGGAAGACUAUGGUUCAGAAAUACCAUCAGCCUGAGCAGGAGCAUGUGACAAAGGCAGUGGACAAACUACAGCAGGAGUUCAAGUGCUGUGGCAGUAACAGCUCCUCCGAUUGGGCGGAGAGUGUUUGGAUCCGCUCUGGUGAGGCUAACCAACGGAAGGUCCCUGACAGUUGCUGUAAGAGCCCAGUCAUAAAGCUCUGCGGUCAAAGAGACCACCCCUCAAACAUCUAUAAAGUAGAGGGUGGUUGCAUCACAAAGCUGGAGAACUUCAUUCUGAAUCACUUGCAGAUCAUUGGUGCGGUGGGGGUGGGCAUAGCCUGUGUGCAGAUUUUCGGCAUGUUUUUCACCUGCUGUCUGUACAGGAGUCUGAAAGCAGAGCCAUACUGAAGAGAGACAGCUCAACUGGGGCAUUAAUCAACCACCACUCCACUCUCAUUAUAGGUUGUGCUGGAAAUAGAUUGACGGAUCUGAGGAGACCACUCUCAAUGUUUGAUGAUUCCUGGGAGGCUUGAUGUUUACAUUUUUCGGGGAGAUAAACCCAUGAAUGGCAUGCUAAUAGUAGUCAAUGAACAAUAAACUGGGUUAAGUAUUUUAACAUCAUAACUUGCAUACUUCACCUUUAAACAGAAAGGAAACAACUGAGGGAUCUGCAGAGCAUGUCAGAUUCAGAUCAUUAAAUAAUUCCAACUACAUACAGGCAUUGACACACAUAUCCAGGAAUAAUAUACAGUUUAUGAUUUUAUAAUCAUUAACACAUUUAAAGUACUACUGAGCUAGAAAGUUAAUUUAAAUCCAUUAUCUAAAUGACUUUAUUCUUAUUGAUUCAAUGGAUUUUAAUAACUUAAAUUUUGGACUGUAUUUUGAAACCUUGUAUGUACCUGUUUUUUGUUUUGUUUUGUUUUUAUUUCUUUGUGUGUGUGUGUGUGUACUCCCAAAUUCUCAAUCAAAAUAUAAAAUCUCUUCCACAAAA